AAUUCUAAGAUUCAACAAUUUUUCUCUGAUCAAAUUCCUAUAGAUCUUCCAUAAAAAGUUGCAUUUUUGUUUGAAUAUAGUUGUGCACUGAUUAAUUUAUCCAUGAAAUUGAGUCAUUUAAAUCUGAUCUAAGGUUCUAAGUUUCUAAAAUUAGUUUUACAAAUGUACAUGAUUUUUCAGCUGCCCAUAAUUUGAAUAUAUAAGCUUAUAUUAUAUGUCCAUCAAUUCCUAAUGACAUUAACUGCAUGAAAUAAUUAUUACAAGAAUAUAUGUUAUUUGUUAAGUGCAUUAACUUCCAUAAUAUUAUAAAUUUAGCCCUUCACCACUGGAUGAUGAUUAGAAAUGGCCUAACAUUUUCUAUUUUUAGCACUAAAGCCUAGAAAAUAACUAAUUAGUAGAAUGAAAUGGAAAUCCUGGUAUUGAGAAUUGAUGGAGAGAAUUGAAAUCACAAAACUGGUACUAACUUAUUGUUUCCUUUUUUAUGUCCAAAAUCUAACCGAAAAACAAAACAAAUUAAAAUGUACAAACAGCAUAAAAAAAUUAAAUUCUUUUAAAAAAAAUAAGUGAAUUUUUACCUUACUUUAAGAUAAAAAAAACUAAACAUCUUAUAACAUUGUUAGAUCAUUAUACGAAAUAAAUUUACUCCGUUCAUCAAUUAUCUUUUGCUUCCUCUUCUAACCAAAGUGGAAACAAACAAAACAAAAGAAGGAAACAAGAAAAUUACAGAGAACUAGAGAGAGGAGGAGAGAGAGAGGGAGGUUAGAAAGAAGCAACAGAAGAACUUUUUGGUCUCUCCUCUCCCCUCCCUUCUCUAACUUUCAUCUUUCUGCUGAUCAUAUGAUCAUCGUAACCCGUAAUUAUCACGUUUGCUUGAACCCUUUAACAUAAGUAUGGAUGCAGCUAAAAGAGCAUUGUGUCUUGAUGAUCCUUUCAAUCCACUCAUUUCCACAACUUUACAAGCUUCAGGAAUUCUUGUCCUUUCCCACUUUUUUCAUCUAAUCCUCAAACCUUUAGGCCAGCCAGGUCCUGUCGGUCAAAUAUUGGCUGGUGUUGUGCUAGGUCCCUCAGUAUUGUCUCGUUUCGAAUCAGUGAAUGAGUACUUGAUUCAAGCUUCUUCAGCUGAUUACUAUGAUGUAUUUUCAUCCAUUUUCUGUGUGUUAUUUAUGUUCAUGUUUGGACUGGAGACUGAUAUAUCUUUUAUGAAGCGAAAUCUGCGAAAAGCAACCAUAAUCGCUUACGGAGGAUUGAUAGUGUGUAGCAUGUUUGGACUUGCUGCUUCUUUUCUUGUCAUCCGAAUGUUAAGAUUAGGCCAUCCGUAUGCUCUCGGAAAUCUUAUCAUGAUCAUCCUGUCAAAUGCAGCCUCUCCUGUCGUCAUUCGUUUGGCAGCUGAGCUUAAGUUUUCAACUUCAGACACGGGCAGAUUGGCAAUUUCUGCUGCUUUGAUCAAUGAAAUGUCUUGUGUUUUUUGGUUUUCUGUUUUCGUUGCAUUCAUGUCGUGGGACAUGUUUGGCUGGUCAAUUCUUUUCCUUUCAUUGACUGUAAUUCUGAUUGUUGUAAACAAGUAUUUAGCUGCGUGGUGUGAUCAAAGGAACCGGAACCAAAAAUAUGUGAGCAACACAGAGAUGUAUUUCAUCCUAUCUCUUGUCAUUGCUGUCUCGUUUAUCAUCGAAGAAAAUGGAUUUAAUAGCGCGAUUUCUUCUUACAUUAUCGGCUUGAUGUUCCCAAGAGAAGGAAAAACUGCUCGGACAUUGGGAAUUAAGCUUGCUUAUGCUUGUAACAACUUUAUUCUGCCAAUAUAUUUUGGCUAUAUUGGUUUUCAGUUCAAUGUAAUAUACCUGAAUAGUUACAGAAAUCUCAUAGCAGUUUCAUUGUUGAUAAUCUUGAGCAUGGGAGGCAAAAUUAUCGGUACUCUAGUUGCUUGCCAUUAUCUAAAUGUUCCGGCAGUCGACGGAAUUAUGCUUUCCUUCUUACUCAACUUGAAAGGCCAUGCUGAACUUCUAGUAGUAGGAGUGUUGAGCAAGUCCAUUAUGAGGCUAUAUUGGGAUAAAAGUGUUCACAACUUGGUGGUGAUUGUAGUAGUGGUUAACACAGUGAUCUCAGGACCGGUAAUUGCAUACAUAUUAAGAAGACAUGAAAAAUACUUUGGUCAACGACAUACUUCACUCGAGUUUCGCCAGCCAGAGACUGAACUCAGGAUGCUAACUUGUCUCUAUGGUUCGCGCCAUAUAACCGCAAAAAUCGGUCUAAUCUUUGGUCUGAGCGGAUCCUUAGUAACUCCUACAACUGCAUACUUGAUGCAUCUAGUCGAACUCCCAACAAAACACCGGAAAAAAACGCUAAUGUACCACGAAUUACAGGACGGAGAUCAAUUUAGCGACGAAGAGGACUAUGGCGGAAACGAGGUUGUUGAAAUAAACGAAGCUGUGGAUGCAUUAACCUUAGAGAACAAACUCUUAAUUCAUCAGAGUAAAGUUGUAUCAUCCUUUGCAGGAAUGUAUGAAGAUGUAUGCAAUGUGAUAGAGGAUUUAAGAGUAUCAAUUGUGUUGCUUGUAUUUCACAAACACCAGCGGCUUGACGGGAAAUUGGAGAGUGGUAAAGAGGGAAUCAGAUUAACCAAUCAAAAGGUUUUACGCCACGCGCCUUGCUCCGUUGGUAUAUUCAUCGACAGAGGACAGACGGGAUUUCAACUGCCUACACAUGAAUCAGUACAGAAUGUAGCAGUAUUGUUUUUCGGAGGCCCUGAUGAUCGCGAAGCAUUGGCGUGUAGCAAACGGAUUGCUGUGUAUCCGCACAUCAAUUUCACACUGGUUCGUUUCCUGCCGCCUUCAUCGGUUGAGAAUAAUAAUGGGUUUAUUGACAAAACAUCACGGAGUAACAGUGAAGUGCUCAUGGAAAUGUCUAACCAUGAUAUGGAAGCUGAAACUGAUAAGGCUUUUGUUGAAGAUUUCUGUAACAGAUAUGUGGCACCAGGACAAGCUAAAUACGAGGAGAAGUAUGUGGAGAAUCAGAGGCAGACAAUGGAAGCAUUGAUAGGUUUCGGACAGAGAUUUUCAUUGGUAAUAGUAGGGAAGGGAAGGACAAAACAGUCUCCAAUUAUUACAGGUUUGAGUGACUGGGAAGAGUGUCCUGAGCUUGGUACAGUUGGAGACCUUCUGGCUUCUUCAGAUUUUAACAUUAAUGCUUCAGUUUUAGUCAUUCAACAACACUCUUCCAAAACUACCCUUAGUGGUGAUGAUUAGAUUUCAGAAAAUGUACAUAUUUUUUAAGUUUGUUCCUUUAAUUUGUAGGAUAGUAUAGUUAGUUGGUAAUAGUUACUAGUUAGAAGAAUAGUGGAUACUAACCAUUCAGUUGUAACAAACUUUACAGAUUUAAUAUUAAUUUCAGAGAGUUUAUCCCAUGCAACCGUUGCGCCACGUCAUUUUUACAUCAAGCCAAUGAGCAUUUACGAUAGGGAAUCUUUUAAUUAUUACUUAUUUUUUUAUCAUUCAAUUUUCCACAUGGCUAACGCACAAUUGGUUUGUUGCACGAAUGACAUGGCGCAACGGUUGUGUGCAAUAAUUUUUCUUAA